CGAAGUGACAUUCUAACACUGACAACCAAACAACCAUCGUCUCCGCUAGGUUUUUUUUUUUCACUGUAAAUGGCCUUCUCUUCCACGCUCAUUAUCAUUAUCGUUGUCAUCGCCGUUGUUAUUCUUCUGGCUUCACUGCUGGUCAGUUACAUAUUCUGCUCCAAAUCAAAGCGGAAGGUUCCCCUGCCUCCGGUACAACCAUUGGCUCAUGACCGGGAACGCAGUUUACAUGCUCUAGUAGCGGAGAAGGAGCGAGAAAGAUCGCUGUUUCUUCAGAUCGAAAUCGCUCCUUCAUGGUCAGAACUGGGAACAAUAAAAACGGCCGUCUCUUCUGAAUCUAGUUCUACGGCGAACACUGUGACUUAUCCAGUACCCCCGGGGAUCUCUUCGAAGAAUCGCCAUGCGCCUCCUAGGCCUUUGUCUCUUGCCUCUUCGGUUCAUACCUCUCGCUCCAAUCUCAGCCGAGCCAUCCCUCAUGCUCCCAAUUCCAAUGUACAAAUAGUUCUUCCUGCCCCUUUAGGAUCUUCGACUGUAGAAUACUCUCGGAACAGUGUCGCAGACGGAUGGGCGUCGCAUGUUGUAAAUGAUAGUCCGUUUUGCUUCCCUUUCGUUUUUCACCGCGGUCCAUAAUUUCCUUACUCACUAGGCCAACCCAUACGAUCGCGUUCUCGUCCACGCGCCCAAUCGUUAUCUAAAUCUCACUCUCGCUCAUCG